AUGGUCAACAGCCAAAUACCAGAGAAGGAUCUCGAAGAUGGGAUCAUCCCGCCAAGAGCCUCAAUAGCGUCCGAUGUAGCCACCAGGGAAGGAGAUGAAACAGACUCACCUGCAUCUGGCAGUGAUGUUGAGGCAGGAUAUCCCUUGGCUAAAUUAGAUUGGGACUCCCCAGAAGACAGAGGCGAUCCUCACAACUGGGCUCUUUCAAAGAAAGUUCUCCAUACUGCCAUACCCGCACUCUAUGGCUUCACAGUCACCGUUGCAACUUCAGCCUACUCACCAGCAAUACCGAUCAUCAUGAGGAAGUUUCAAGUCGAACGAGAAGUCGCCGUAUUACCUCUCUCCAUGUAUACGUUUGGGUUCGUGCUUGGUCCCUUAGUUGCGGCUCCCAUGUCCGAAAUAUAUGGACGGAGAAUUGUGUAUUGGGUUACGAUGCCCCUUUUGAUUAUAUUUAUUGCCAUCUCUGGAGCGGCAAACGACAUCGCAACGCUCACUGUGAUGCGACUCCUCGCUGGUAUCGGAGGUUCAGGAGCACUUGCAAUUGGUGCAGGUACUAUCUCAGAUAUCUGGGAUCGUAGAAGCGCCGGUCGAGCAGCACUUUCUUUCGUCAUGGCUCCGUUCCUUGGUCCAGCACUAGGUCCUCUCAUUGGCGCAUAUAUCGUCGAUCAAUACAAUAACGAUUGGAGGUACACGCAGUGGGUAGUAUUAUUCAUCGCGUCCCCCAUCUACCUCAUAUCUCUGUUCAUGCAAGAGACGAUGAAGAGUCGAAUUUUGUAUCUGCGAGCCAAGAAGAUCACCGGCAAACCCCCCCACCAAGAAGGCGAUACCCAUCUGUUGUUACGCAAACUUGGCGCUGGACUCACUCGACCAUUCAUCAUGAUGUUCUUAGAACCCCUCGUCGCUUUCCUCAGUAUCUACACCGGCUUCUCAUUCGCCAUGAUGUUCUCAUUCUUCGGGUCUUACAACUACGUCUUCCAAUCCGUCUACGGCUUCAACCAAAAGGAAAUCGGCCUUACCUUCCUCGGUAUCCUCGUCGGCUUUUUCUUCGCCGUCAUCUCAUUCGGUAUCUUCGACGCUACGCUGUAUACCAAAGCUUCGAUCAAGGCGAAUCACAAUCCAGCUCCAGAGCAUAGAUUGUAUGCUGCCAUGCUGGGCUCUAUCAUGAUGCCGAUUGGUUUAUUUUGGUUCGCUUGGGCUCCCGGGAAGGAUGUGCAUUGGAUUGUGCCGGUUUUGGCUGGUGUACCGUUCGGGUGGGGCUCGUUGGCUAUUUUCAUCUCAGCAACCACAUACCUAGUAGACGUCUACAUGACGACAAGCGCCUCCGCCAUAGCAGCAAACGGCAUCCUGCGCUACCUGUUUGGAGCCAUUUUCCCUCUCUUCACCAUCCAGAUGUAUACUGCUCUUGGUGUGCAUUGGGCAGGCAGUGUGUUUGCGUUUGUAGGACUGUUGUUGAUGCCUGUGCCGUGGGUAUUCUUCUGGAAAGGAAAGGAGUUACGAAAAAGAAGCAGGUACGAUACUAAUAAAUUUUGA